UCCAGCCAGGCCUGAGCCUGCACUCCCUCCCCCUGCCUCGCGCUCUCACCACCUCUCCUCACACACAACAUGUCGGCGCCGGCGGCCAAAGUCAGUAAAAAGGAGGUGAACUCCAACCACGACGGAGCGGACGAGACCUCAGAAAAAGAGCAACAGGAAGCCAUUGAGCAUAUUGAUGAAGUACAGAAUGAAAUAGACAGACUGAAUGAACAGGCAAGUGAAGAAAUAUUGAAAGUAGAACAGAAAUAUAACAAACUUCGUCAGCCAUUUUUCCAGAAGAGGUCAGAGUUGAUUGCCAAAAUCCCUAACUUUUGGGUUACAACAUUCGUCAACCACCCACAAGUAUCCGCAUUACUGGGCGAGGAAGAUGAAGAAGCACUUCACUAUCUGACUCGGGUGGAAGUUACAGAGUUUGAAGACAUAAAAUCGGGUUACAGAAUAGAUUUUUAUUUUGAUGAGAAUCCCUACUUUGAAAACAAAGUCCUCUCUAAAGAAUUCCACUUGAAUGAAAGUGGAGACCCAUCUUCAAAGUCAACAGAGAUAAAAUGGAAAGCAGGGAAGGAUUUAACAAAGCGUUCUAGCCAGACACAGAACAAAGCCAGCAGGAAGAGGCAACAUGAAGAGCCAGAAAGUUUCUUCACUUGGUUCACAGAUCAUUCUGACGCAGGAGCUGAUGAACUUGGAGAGGUUAUUAAGGAUGACAUUUGGCCAAACCCACUGCAGUACUACCUGGUCCCUGACAUGGAAGAUGAAGAAGCAGAGGGUGAGGAAGAGGAUGAUGAGGAAGAGGAGGGACUGGAAGAUAUUGAUGAGGAGGGUGAUGAAGAUGAGGUUGAAGGUUCAGAAGAUGACGACGAUGAUGAAGAGGGAGAAGAAGCAGAGGUAUGAAGACGAAGGUGAAGAUGAUUAAAUGAUCGCAUUGUUUGGAUUCCACCCUUUUCCUUUUUUUUAUGCAGUCCCUGGGAGCAAGAUGCUGUCGUAUAUAUAAUUUCAUUUUUUUUUUUUUUCUUGUGUGCUCGGUCGCCUUGUUCUCUUGGUCCUUUUUUCCCUCUCCAUACCAUGGUUUAUAAAUUUAUUUUUUUCCUUUUUUUUUUGUUUUUGAGGGGUAAGAACUGAGUAAAAUGCAGUGGAAAUCUCUAACCAUUAUUAUUUUUUGUUCCCAAGUCCAUAAUGCUCUUGUCUCCAACAAUAAACUUCAAACUUUGUAACAUCCAUGUUGUCUAUGGGGCACAGCUUACCUUGGCUGCCAUCUUUGAUGGAGGCUGUGGAAUGUUGAACUGUGUGAUUAGUACAUAGCAAUCCCACUAUUUCUUUUUUUUACUUUUUAACAUUUCCCAUUCUUUUCUGUAUAUUGGGCUCAGAGGUUACACUGUUUCCAUGUGAGUAUGGACAGAUAGCAUUUACCACCAUGUAUCGGUCUCGUUUUUUUUUUUUUUUUUUCUUGUUAAAAAAUGAAUAAAGUACAAAAAAAAUACUGUGGGGGUGGGAUAGAAGUCAGCGGGAGGGUUUUCAGUGAAAACAGGGUGGUCGGGGUGGGCAGGGUUGGGCAUUUUGGAAACAUGGCUUUUUCUCUUUGGCAUGUUUGUGAUGUUUACCAGGACAUCCAUGCAGGUUAAGACACUUUUAAAAAUAAAAGCAAAAAAAAUCCUCCUUAUAAAGGCUUUCAGGGCCAACAGCCUGCAGGGACCUUACUGGACCCUGCCGGACAAUAUUGGAAAUGACAUUCUCAGUUUUUUUUUUUUCUGGAAAGGAAAAAUGCUCCGUUUUAAACGUUAAAAGUGUACAAGUUGCUUUGUUACAAUAAAACUUAAUGUGUACACGAAGGGACUGCUGUUUUUUCACUCAAAUGCUACCUCCCAACCCCCACCCCCUCGACUAUGUUUUUCCAAAAUUAUCGUGCAAAUUCUAUUUGUUUGAUGGUUCAGACUAAUGUUUUUGAUACUGGGCAUUUUGUAGUAACCUUGAAACUAGCCUGGCAGUAGUGUGGGAGCAUGGCUGUCCAUCUGGCAUCAUGCACAGUCAGCAUCUCCUCUUCUCCGUGUAACAUGGAGCUUCUGUGGUAAUUUUGUACUUCUUUUUGCUUGGCAACAGUGAUAGUCGGCACUUAAUCUGAUUCCUAGUCUGUUAUCGAUCUACAUCUUUGCUGUCAGAUUUUUGCCUGUCAAUCAACACUACAAAUAAAGAAAUUGGUGUGACCUGUA